AUGAAGCCUGUGGUCCUAGUUGUGCUGUGCCUGUGGCCUUCGUCCCUGUUAGCAUAUCCAACCGUAACUGUGUUGCCCGAUGAAGAGCAGAAUUUGAAUCAUUAUGUACAAGUUUUACAGAAACUCAUAAUGAGUGUUCCCACAAGGGGGGGCUCUGGGAAAAAGUUGAAGCCCUCAACAAUUGUGGAUGUUGCAGAACCAACGUUGGUGCACACUCCUGGAGAAAUCACCGCUGGAGAAAUCACCUCUGAGACUGAUGUUCUGAUUAGGCCGAACUACGAGGAAAAGACAGCUUUCCCUACUAGCGGCUUCACGCUGGGGAUAGAGAGGAGAAAAAAAACCAAAAGUACAGCAUUCUGGUCUAUCAGGCCAAAUAACAUUUCUGUUGUUCUACACUCGGAUGAACCUUAUAUUGAAAAAGAAGAGCCAGAGCCGGAGCCUGAGGAGCCGGAGGAGCUGGAGCCGGAGCCGGAGGCACAGCAGGAGCCAGAGCCGGAGUCUGAACCCCUGCAAGAGCCGGAGCCAGAGGAAGAACUAAGGGCAAGGCAAACUACGGUGCCAACGGAGACCUCGAAGAUGUCAUCCACGGCCACCCAGCCACUGGCAAGUACACGUUUUACCGUAACAACAAGGACCAGCAGCAAUAUAGACAUCUCCACAGACUCAGAGGAUGUGCCCCAGCUCUCAGGCCAGUCGGAAACCCAGUAUGUCGAAGACCCCUCCGGACGUCCCUCACUGAGUUCGAGACACGAGGAUAUUUUAAGAAAACUUUCCAACAUUAACGCACAGAUUCAGCAGGGACCACUUGGUGACGGCAACAACCCCGAGUACAAGGAGUACAUCAAGGCCUCCAGGGACCACCUGAAAAGGAGCCUGGCCCUGGCCUUCGCCGCAGAGCACAAGUUGCAACAGAUGUACAGAUCUCGCAGCUUCCCAGAGGGACGGACCAGCGACUCAGUCGAUGACAUGGAAACCGUUAUCAACAUGCUAUACAAUGCCAGGUCCAAGCUGCCGGAGUAUUUCAAUAUUAAACGUGUACCAUUAGAGCUGAGAGAAAAGGUCACCGCUGUGACUGGUGUGUUGAAAAAACUACUAUGUGUGGGCCAGGUAGAAACGCAACACCUCAUUAGGAAGCUGUUAAGCAAUAAUAUGAAAAUCCUAAAUAUUCUUGAUGUCCCAUGA